AGCUCAGCAGAAGCCAUGUUGUUGUGCACUGUGACCCUCUCCUUCCUCUUGCUGGCAGUUCCUAGUGUCAUGUGCGAUGACAAGGAUUCUUGUUCCGCAAGCCCUGGUAUCCCUGGCACCCCUGGAACCCAUGGCCAGCCAGGCAGAGAUGGGAGAGAUGGUGUCAAAGGGGACCCCGGACCUCCAGGUCCCAUGGGCCCCCCUGGAGGCAUGCCAGGCCUUCCUGGGCGUGAUGGGCUGGUUGGAGCUCCUGGUUGCCCUGGAGAACGUGGGGAGAAGGGUGAACCGGGUGCAAUGGGCCCUCCAGGUUUUCCAGCUUACAUGGAUGAAGAGCUACAAUCCACACUCUACAUCAUGCGACAGCAUAUCAUGCAAACCAGGGGUGUCCUUGCUUUGCAGGGGUCCAUGGUGGAAGUGGGAGACAAAAUCUUCUCUACCAGUGGGCAGUCGGUCAUUUUCGAAGCCAUUGAAGAAUUAUGUGCCAAGGCAGGAGGCCGCGUUGCUGUCCCCAGGAACUCAGAUGAGAAUCAGGCCAUUGCCAAAAUUGUGACGAAGUACAAUGUUUAUGCCUACCUGGGGGUGAAGGAGGGCUCCAACCCUGGGGAGUUCUUUUAUAGUGAUGGGACCCAUGUAAAUUACACCAACUGGUACCCAGGGGAGCCCAGGGGUCGGGGCAAAGAGAAAUGCGUGGAAAUGUACAAAGAUGGGCAAUGGAAUGACAAGAGCUGUGGGCAGUACAGACUGGCCAUAUGUGAGUUUUGA